AGAAUUAGAUAGCCGUAUUAAUCUGAUGCUGAUGCUUUAGUCACAUUUAUUUGCAUUGACACUGUAACAUUAAGGUAGUAUGCAUUUGAUUAAAUUAAGUUUUUGAUAUUUAAUAAUUUUAUAUGUAUAGGGCCAUUCAAUUUCGUAAGAUUUAAUUAUUACCCGGAUAAAUAUUUAGAAUUUUUAUGUAAGAAAUUAAGAUUUGAAAGUUUACAUUUUACAAUAUUCAUAACUAUGACUUACCAAUAUUGUGCGCGUACUAUUCACAUUUAUAACAUCUGCAAUAAUAAUUUUGUGAAUUAUAAAGGGAAUAAUAAAUUGAUAAUCCUAAUUUUAAUACAAGUUAAUGUCUCAAUUCGUGUUUUAUUUAAUAGUGUUAGAAAUAGCUUUAGACGAAAAAGUAUCUAUUCAUAUAGUAAAUUCACAAAUCAUGUUAGUUUGUCAAAAGCAAUACAUCACACAAUGCACAAGCACUGAAAUUGUGGGACCCUUGCUCCUCCAAGAACUUCGGUAAGUAAUAAUUAAUUGUUUAUUUCAUACUUUAAGCACUGUAUAAUUUUCAUCAGGAUAUUAGUUGUGUACUAUUUUGUAAGAACGCACUUCGUAUCUCACUUUUGAAAAUACAAAACCGUCUUAAGAUGACGAACUAUUUUGAUUCCUGUAUUAUUUUAACGUUAUUAUUAAUAAUUAUAAUGUCACGUAUUAAUGUCGCAUAGCAUUCUGUAAUAUUUCAUGAUCGUGUUCUGCGGUCGUUCAAGAUUGUUCUUACAAAAAAGCUGUAGAGCUUUAAUGUAACAAUAGGGAAUACACCUGCAGCUGGUGUCUGGUAUUGCCCUACAUUAAGAUAAAUGUUGCUGCCUAAAAUAAUAAUUUAAACUUGUUUAAAAAUAAGGAUUUAAUAGAAAGACCUCAAAGGUUCACCUUCCGUUGAUGGCUAUUAGUUUAUUAAAUAUUUCACAGGAAGAAGAUUUAUCGUCUCAAUCCUAUGUCUAUCCCUGUAGUUUUGUUACGAAUAAGUAUAUUUGAUCAGCUUAAUGAAUUUGGUUAUAUUUAAAAAUGUUAUUUUUUAUAAUAAUUGAAAUUGUGUUUUUGUAUAUAAUUACAAGUUUUAUCGUUCUAUACAGGACAAUUAUUACAUGUCAAUACAAGAGUGGUCCGAGGAGGAACGUCCGCUGUCCCGCAGCCGGUCGGCGCGGUUUUCGCGUCCCCCGCGCACCCCGCGCACGCCGCGCGCGCUGUCGCCGCGCAAGGCCGUCUGCGCCGAGACCACGCCGCGCGCCGCGCCGCCGCGCCGCGUGUCGGCCCGCGAGCCGCCGCGCUCCGCCUGCUCGCGCCGCGCCUCGCUCACGCAGCGACCCGCCUUUUCAGUAUAUUGAAUUAUAUAUUGUCAAUAAAUAAAACAAAAAAUAGAAAAUUAUUAGGUCUCGUAGCUACGUGUGUGUGAUUCACUUUAGAAACGCAAACCAAAAACUUUACCGGUACUAUUAAAGUAUUAGUGUGAUUAAGACUUCAACUUUUACAAAUUAUAAUUAUUUAAAAUGUUAUAGACAACCAAUAAUAUGUAAGUUCAGAAAAAUCUGCUGAAUAAUUUAUAAAGUUUUACAAUAUCAUCAAUUGAUUGGUUUGCAUAAUAUAGUUUUUAAUACAAAAAUCUUUUCUGAUAUAUUUUAAACGUUUAGAACACAGCACAGUACAAUUAGUAUUUAAAGAAAAUAAAUUAUAUCAAUGAUCAUUACUUUCUUAGAUUAAGAAUAAUAUACAAAUGAAAAAAUAGGUGAGCUAAUUUAUGCGUUUCUUUCCAUUC